UACCGAUUUCAAACUGAAAGAAAAUACACAGAGGCCAUGCACGUUUGCGGAUGUCUUCAGUAAAAAUUUCUCAACUCUCGACCACAAUUUCUAAAACUCCCUCGCCCUCCGGUCUUUAUUUCUACCUUUUUGUUUUAUUCCUUCACUGAAGUUGGAAGCAUCACCAGCCGUCGCCGGCCUCCGCCUUUAUCGGUGGAGAGCUCGGGCGAUCCUGCGUGGCUUUACUGUCAUGUUGUGGUGAGCAGAUGCUGACGCUUGAACAGUGAAGGGAGACUGAUUAAAAUGGUCUUAGUACAUAAGCAAGCUGCUGAUGACAGCGUGUUGGGGAUUUCCAGUGUUUUGGGAGAUGAAAAAUGUGAAAGUUAUUUGCUUUUGUAUGGUGAAACUCUGCUUGGGAAUGGGUUACGAGCCUUCCUGUAUUUUCUUGGCCUUGCUUAUUGCUUCAUUGGGUUGUCAGCUAUAACUGCUCGUUUCUUCCGAUCAAUGGAGAAUGUUGUGAAACACACACGUACAGUUGUAGAGAUAGAUCCUGUCACUAAUACCGAAAUUUAUAGACAGGAAAAGGUGUGGAAUUAUACUAUUGCAGACAUUACUUUGCUUGCCUUUGGGACUAGCUUCCCUCAAAUAUCUUUAGCUACUAUUGAUGCCAUUCGAAACAUUGGGAAUCUGUAUGCUGGAGGUUUAGGUCCAGGAACUCUUGUUGGUUCGGCUGCAUUCGACCUUUUCCCCAUCCAUGCUGUCUGUGUUGUAGUUCCAAGAGCUGGAGAGUUGAAAAAAAUAUCUGAUAUAGGUGUUUGGCUGGUGGAGCUCUUUUGGUCCUUUUGGGCUUAUGCUUGGCUGUACAUAAUUUUAGAGGUAUGGACACCAAAAGUGGUUACACUUUGGGAGGCCUUAUUGACAGUACUGAUGUACGGACUACUGCUGACUCAUGCAUAUGCUCAAGACAAACGUUGGCCUUAUAUAUCUCUGCCCAUAGAGAGAACUGAGAGGCCUGAGGACUGGGUGCCAGCAGAGGUUGCCUCAGUUAAACCUGAGGGUGAUGCCUAUGAUGGAUACUCUGAGAUACUUCCAGUUGAAGAAAAUGAAGAGAAGGGCAUUGUUGAUAUCUUUUCCUUUCAUUCAGAAAUUGGGGCAGGCUCUUCUUAUCAAAAGGUGUCCACAACCAAAGAUUUAGUCAAAACCUCGAAUAGAUCCUUUCAGAAGGAGAUCAAUUUAGAAGAUCCUCAUGUGCUUCAACUUUGGAAAACACAAUUCCUGGAUGCACUUACACUGGAAAGCCCUGAAUCAAGAAAACCGAACAAUAUCCAUCUUCGGCUAGCGAGUAUCUUUUGGCAGUCACUUCUUGCACCCUGGAGAGUUAUGUUUGCCUUUGUGCCUCCCUAUCAAAUUGCUCAUGGAUGGAUUGCCUUCAUUUGCUCUCUACUUUUCAUCAGUGGGAUAGCUUACCUUGUAACAGAGCUGACAGAUCUUAUAAGCUGUGUCACAGGGAUAAAUGCUUAUGUCAUAGCAUUUACAGCGUUAGCUGCUGGCACUUCAUGGCCAGAUUUAGUAGCAAGUAAGAUUGCUGCUGAGCGCCAGAUAACAGCUGACUCUGCUAUAGCAAACAUUACUUGCAGCAAUUCAGUGAAUAUUUAUGUGGGCAUUGGCAUUCCGUGGCUGAUUGAUACUGCAUACAAUUUCAUAGCAUAUAGAGAACCAUUGCGGAUACAAAAUGCAGGGGGACUCAGCUUCUCUCUGCUUGUAUUCUUCUCCACCUCUGUAGGCUGUAUUUUGGUAUUGGUGAUUAGGCGCCUGACACUGGGGGCGGAGCUCGGAGGCCCUAGGAUUUGGGCCUGGGUUACCAGUGUAUUCUUCAUGUUGCUUUGGUUUAUAUUUGUUGUCCUCUCUUCCCUUCGAGUUUCGGGCAUCAUAUGAGAAUGAGUGUAUUCUUUUGUACUGACAGUAUUUUCUUUUCAUUCUUUUAACCAAUUUCGUAGGUUACGUUUUAUUGAAUGGAAUAAAAUAGUUAUUAUGUGAGAAUA